CUCCUCAACACCUUCGCUAAGAUAUAAAUGCUAGUGUUUCUUUCUUAGCCUUGCUUUGAAACAACUCUGUUCUCAACGUUCUAGGUCAUUAUUACUUGCAAGAACAUAGUUCUCCGGUGCUCUCGGACUUGAAAACAAUACUGAACGACAGGCAUCCUUACUGACGUUUCCGGUCAUUCUUCCGACACUACAGCAUGUCCAACGAAGAUCAACGAGAGCCUGUACCCGGGGAUUCCAAAUGGCUGUGCUUACCGCGUCAUCGUCCUGAUUCAAAGAUACUGGAAUUUCCGUACGCCAUUGGGAAAUGCCUCGAAGUUCAAUCGCAUGUGGCCCCGGAGCCACUCGAAGCUCCGUAUGCUGGUCGACGUCCUGAUCCACCGUCCGGGUCUCAUGAGAUGACGCAGUUGGAAUUUUGUCUUGCUAGCCCACCACUUGAAGGCUAUUUGGGUCAAGAGACCAUGUCUUUAACAAUAACGGGAGCUUUAGCAGUAUCUGGGACAGCAAGCCUUGAGGAGAGCGAGGUGCAUGAAGGUACCGGACCCUCCGACUAUGGAACUAUCCGUCGAGGUGCCCAAAUAUUGCUCGUCAAUAAUGCUAUGGUCGCCAAAAUCUACGAUCCACUUUACUACGAUGCAGGUGAUAGAGGCGAUAGGAAGGACGUCACGGCUAUUGCAGAUCGGGACUAUACUCGUGAAGUGGCUGCAUAUCAAGAGCUGGAGCCAUUCUGGGGCGCCCUGGUACCCACUUACUAUGGAUCUUGGACUUUCGAAAUACCGACACAGACUCCCACCGGGAUCUUACAGCGGUCUGUACGUCUCAUACUCAUUGAGCAUAUCCAAGGCAGACGGCUUCUGGAUAUGAAUCCCCACGACCUCACAGAAAAGGCGCGCACCAAUGUUAUGCGCAAGGUCAUCAAAGUUGAGUCCGUCUUCAACUUCAAUUCUGGUGUUAGCCAUCGCGAUAUAGCGCCUCGAAAUUUCAUUUGCGUUGGAGACGACCUUGAAGGCCCAGAUUUACGUAUUGUAGUGCUUGAUUUCAAUAAUUCCGUAGUACACCGCCUCGAAUUACCAAUCUCUCCAGUCACAAGAUGGCCCUACAUUGGAAACGAGUUCCUAGGCGGUUGGCUUCCAGACGAAUUUGAUGAACUACAAAAAUGGCUAUGGCAUCAAUUUGCGACUUGUCAAUCAUAUCAACCACCUCCGGCAGGGCUUAUAGCACAGGACCUGGAUGAGCAAAAUCCUGAAAUGCAAUUAUAGAUACCGAUACACACUUUUCUGUCCUGCCAAUCAAGUUGAUACCGUCAAGCCCACCACUUGUUCCUAUUCGUUUCACCUUGUGGGACCUUUCUUUCGCUACCACUAUAGUGCUUCGGGCCAUAGCCGAUGUAGUCGCCCUUUCUGGCGCGAUGAUCCUUGCUGUCUACUUCCAAUU